GCUUGAACGCAGGAUAGCAACAUGGAUACCAUAUUCUCGUUGCCGCUAUUUAUCCUGGCGUGCUGCCAGGCGUUCUUCACCUUGCUUCACUUAGUCCCGGGCUUGGGCUUGCCUGUGUCCCAAACUCUGAGGUCAUUGCGGCGCAACACUGCUUCCAGGGCAGUGAUAUAUACAGUCGCGGCUGCGCUGGGGCUUCUCAGUGCUUCGUCGUUGUAUGAGCUCUCAAAGGGUGCUGACAAAAUCCGGUCUGGCAAUUUGCGCGGGGAGGUCAUGGCAACAGUCGAUUACCUUCGCGUGCAAGUCUCUUGCGCGUUAAGCCUGUCCAACCUCCUUAUACUGCUCCUCAAUUUGGUGUUAAGUUCAGAGCGGUGUUCGUUGGACUUUACGCAAAAGAACCUGGCCGCGAUGCAGCGUCAGGUGAAAGGACUUCAGGCCGAGUACGAACGUGUUACGGCAGCAUCCAAAGCCCAGGGCGCGGACAACGCUGGAGGCGGUGGCGGCGGCAACACUCGGUUGGCAGUGGAGGAAGCGGCGGCGCUGAAGAAGACGGUUGACCGUUUGAUCGCGGAGAAGCAGCAGCUACAGUCCUCGGCGGAUGAUGCGGAGAAGGCGGCUCAAAGCGCAGAGGCUCGGGUGACGGCCAUGGUGGCGCAAAUCAAGGGAUUUGACAAGGAGUUUGACCGUCUGUUGGACGAGAAUAAGGCCCUCAAGGCACGAGUGCAGCAGCUGCAGCAGCCAGCUGCAUCUUCGAGCCUGUUUGGGGGCCUUAUGGGUGGCCCGGCAGCAACAGGAGGUGCUGGAGGCAAGAAGGAUGACUGAGGCGUAUAAAGGGCUGUUUAGACUGGUGUGGGAGGGUUGUAGCAGGUGGGUAAGCGGUGGGAGGGUUGCGUCGCGCUUGGAAGGGAAGAACAUGGGCUUCAGGUAAUUAGAAAUCCAGGGUCGUGUGUUGCGGUUGGAAGGAUUGGGUCUGGAUGGGUGUAAAGCUAGGGAGACUGAUAGGGUAUUUGGGCCCAAUGAGAUUUUCCUACAUACGGAAGAAGGCAUGCGUAGGAUGCUGCAUGGCAUUGUUGCCGCACCGGCUUGCGGUCAUGUGCGUGGUUCAGGAUGUGGGGGUCAUACCGGUACGGCAAUCCUAAGGCUUGCAUGAUCGAAACCUCAAUUUAAUGUUGGCUGGCCACCCGGCUUGUAUGCGUCAUGCAUGUGGGCCUGUUCACUACGAAAAUGUACACGAAAAAUCCGCUCAUGCAGCGCUUAGUGGCGUCUGCGAAGGUGCUAUAGAUUCUGACGGUUGACAUGCGCGGCUC